AAAAAUAAGAAGAAGACCAAAAAACAUUCAAGUCAUUUUGCAAAAGACCAAUUGCGAACUGCCUGCCGGAACGAUUUUAAUAUUUUCAUUGAAGAUUCAUUUAAAACAAAUCUUUAAUCAUGGUUUUUGGAAAUGAUUGGAUGGAUGCUGCCCACAGCACUGGUACAACUAUCAUGGCCGUGGAAUUUGAUGGUGGCGUUGUUAUUGGUGCCGAUUCACGUACCAGCACUGGUGUCUAUGUCGCCAACAGAGUCACCGAUAAAUUGACUCGCAUCACCGACAAAAUCUAUUGCUGCCGCAGUGGUUCGGCGGCUGACACACAAGCCAUUGCCGAUAUUGUUGCAUACUCCCUAAACUAUCAUGAAAAUCAAACCGGCGAAGAACCAUUGGUAGCUGAAGCUGCCUCGGAAUUCCGUAACUACUGUUAUAACUAUAGAGAUUCAUUGGUAGCUGGCAUUAUUGUUGCCGGUUGGGAUAAGAAAAAAGGUGGUCAAGUUUAUUCCAUACCAUUGGGCGGUAUGUUGAAACGAGAGGCGUGCACAAUUGGUGGUUCUGGUUCCAGUUAUAUUUACGGUUUUGUUCGGGAGUUCUUUAAGCCCAACAUGAAAAAGGAUGAUUGUGUGGAGUUCGUUAAAAAAGCUGUAAGACAUGCCAUGUAUCACGAUGGCAGCUCCGGUGGUGUUGUACGCAUUGGUAUUAUCACAGAAGACGGCAUUGAAAGGAAAUUAUUCUUCAACACUGAAUCUGGUGAGGCCGUAGUCGCCGGUCAAUAAGCACCUUUAUAAAUUUUGUUUAAUGAAUAUGAAAAUAAAACUUUUGUAAUAAAUUUAAAUUGAAAAAAAUAAAACUUGAAAGCGGGAGCUUCAAAGAAGCUAAAAAUUAAAAA